AUGAACAUAGACAAGGCCCUUUGUGAUCUUGGUGCAAGUGUGAGUCUGAUGUCCCUGUCAAUAUGCCAAAUGCUGAAUGUUGGAGAGCUUAAACCAACUACGAUCUCAUUGCAAUUGGCGGAUUGGUUUGUUAAGUACCCUAUUGGCGUCUUGGAGAACAUCUCCAUCAAAUUAACUCUUAAAGUAGGAGAGGAGAAAGUAGAAUUCAACUUGUUCAGAGCAAUGAAACAUAAGCUAGAUCCUGAUGAAUGCUUAAGGGUUGAUAUUAUAGACAAGCUAAUUGAAGAGCAAUUCCAUAAGAAAUAUCCUGAAGAUCCUUUUGAAGCAUGCAUAGUGCACAGCAACAUAGUGGAUGAUGACAACAAAGAAAUUACAGCCUAUGCACAAUCCAUUGAAGCUAGCCCACCUCUACCCUUAGCUCAAGUACUAUAA